CGGAGGAGCAGUCGGAGAAAGACGAUGACGUGGCUUCGGGUAGUUCAGACCAAGAAGAUGACUACGCUUCGAAACCGAAAGAAGCGGUCGCUAUUUCUUCAACAUCGCCCGAAUGUAGUGUUUCUGGUCAUGAUAACGUCGAUCGGCCGGAAGGAGAAGAAUAUCAGGAUGCACAUGUUGCUCAUGCUCUGAAUGAGAAGGCGGAAACGAUGAAAACGAGCCCGGCGUCCGUGGUUGAUAAAGAUUUUGACGUCGAUGGUGCAAAAGCAAAAGCUGCAGUUCCAGUUUCUGAACAACGGGGUGACAUUCCGGAAGAUGUUGAACAACCGAUCGCGACUCCGGAAAAAGUUCCCGGGUUAAGUGCCGUGGUUUGCACGGCGGGCCAGCCGGUAGGAGUUCUGGAGCAGAUGAAACAAGGUCUCGAGGAGUGCAAUAACAGCAAGGUAGCGAAAGAAGAAGUAGAAGGAGAUGGAAAUCAAGAAUUGAAAGCGCAAAGGCAACCUGCUGGUGAAAACAUUACAACCCCUAGCGCAAGUACGACAAAAAUAAAUGCAAAUCCUGAACAACCGGAGACGCUGUUUGAGACGAAGCACCAUAUUAAACCCGCGGAGUUAUUGGAGCAAAGUUCAUCUGCGGGGGUUCCCGUGGUGAAAGAAAAAGCCGCGAAAACCAGUCUUGGGCUGAACCGCACCGCGGCCGCGGGGAGUGCCAAAGCGCGGAUGAUGGAACGCUUGAAAGCCUCGAAGGUGGUGCAGGCACAGAUCGGCGGCGGAGGUUCGUCUACUGCAGGG